CGGCGGCGCGGCGCGGGCGGCGGCCGGAUCCAGGGCGGGGGUCGGCUGCCCGGCCAGCCCGGCCCGGCCCGGGGCUGCAUCCUGAACGUGCGCCCUCACCGCUGCAGCCUCGGCGCCCGGCCGGCGGGCCAUGGAGGCCGAGCGCCCCCCAGCGCCGGGCCCGGGCUGCGGGCGUCUUCCGACUCGUGCCGCCGGCCGGGACCCCAGCGCGCUGCAGGCCGAGGCGCCGUGGGCGCACGCCGAGGGCCCAGGCCCGCGUGCCGCGGCCGUGACGGUGCCCAUGCCGCCACAGGAACCUGCGGCUGGCAGCGGCCGUGCUGACUCGGAGCUUGCGCUGCCGCAAGAGCCAGAGCCGCGGGCCGCGGACCUCGGGGUCCCAGGUACGUGGGCAGGAGCGGCUACGGCGGAACUCCCUACUCCUUCCGCGCACAUCCCAGUGCCAACGCAGAGAGCCACCCCAGAAAAAGCCCGGCUGGAUGAGGUCAUGGCUGCUGCAGCCCUUACAAGCCUGUCCACCAGCCCCCUCCUCCUGGGGGCCCCAGUCACAGCCUUCAGCCCAGAGCCCGGCUUGGAGCCCUGGAAGGAGGCCCUGGUGCAGCCCCCAGGCAGCUACAGCAGCAGCAACAGUGGAGAGUGGUGCUGGGACCUGGCCAGUGACCAGUCCUCUCCAUCCACUCCAUCACCCCCGCUGCCCCCUGAGGCAGCCCACUUUCUCUUUGGGGAACCUACCCUGAGGAAGAGGAAGAGCUCUGCCCAGGUCAUGUUCCAGUGUCUGUGGAAGAGCUGCGGGAAGGUGCUGAGCACGGCAUCAGGGAUGCAGAGGCACAUCCGCCUGGUGCACCUGGGGAGGCAGGCAGAGCCAGAGCAGAGUGACGGUGAAGAAGACUUCUAUUACACAGAGCUGGACAUUGGUGUGGCUACUCUAACUGACAGGCUGUAUAGCCUGACCCCAGUGUCUCCUACGGCCUCCAUGCCACCUGUCUUCCCCCGCCUGGAGCUGCCAGAACUCCUGGAGCCCCCAGCCCUGCCUGGCCUACUGCAGCCACUCACCUUGAACCCACACCCCAUGUUGACCUCUGUGGGCGCCCCCCAGGCAUGCCACCGUGACCAUGCCUGCCAAGUGGGCGAGACCAUAGGGGGAAGCUGGGGACAGAUCUCCGGGCGCUCUGGAAGCCUGCAGCGCAAUGAGGUCAGAGCCUGCGUGCCAGCCCUUGCCACUAGGAUGGGCAUGAGCCUGAGGAAGCCCCGUGGCGACGCUAAGAAGUGCCGGAAGGUGUAUGGUAUGGAUCACCGGGACAUGUGGUGCACGGCCUGCCGCUGGAAGAAGGCCUGCCAGCGGUUCCUGGACUGAUCCCAUUCUGUGCAGCCCCUCUGGGGCCAUCUAAAGGAGAAAAUAAGCUACCACCUUCUGCCUCCCCCAACAACCCCUAGCCUGGGGCUGAAGCUGCCCGGGGGGAGCCCCAAACCUGGCCUCUCCUCGCUGCAAGGUCAAUCUUUUAAUCGGAUAAGAGGGAGUUGGUGACCCUGGACCCCCCAGAGGUAGAGAAGGGGUCCUUCCACUCAAAGUGCCUCUGAAGAAACCAGCUUUUUGCACUAAAGCCAAAUCACAUCACUGUCCCUUUGACCCCAGGGGUCCUGGGGUCAGCCACCCUCCCUGCCUGUUGGUCCAUAGACUUGUCAAGGAUGUUAAGGGCCCAGCUUUGAGGGCCAGUCAAUGCACUUUGAGAGAUGUCGGGAAGAGGACCCCCAGCUUGCACUUAACUUGGUGGUUCAACCCUGGGGCUGAUGUUUUACCAUGUUUUGAAAUCUCAGGUGUCUCACGCCUGGACUGUACCAGGUGAGGAGAAUAAUUAAAGAUUUGAGUUUUUCCAGAA